GUUCCACGUUUCACAGGAAGUAAAGAAAUAUGGAGAGAGGCGAACUCUCACUAAAACAAUUGACAGAUAAAACGUAAGUCUGUCUUCACACAUACUUUCUUUCUUGCUUCUUCUAACCAGUUUUAUCAAGAGACUGUGCCGGGAACGACAAUUUACAUUCUUAUCGGGAAAUUUAGUGAGAAAAUGGCAGAGAAGGUGCUGGUCACAGGUGGAGGAGGCUACAUUGGGAGUCACUGUGUGCUGGAGCUCAUUGAAGCAGGUUACAAGCCAGUCGUGGUAGACAACUUCAGUAACGCUGUAAGAGGAGAAGGAGAUGUGCCAGAGAGCAUACGUAGGAUAGAGAAACUCCUCGACACCAGCAUUGAAUUCCAUGAACUAGAUCUUUUGGACCAACCUGGCUUGGAAAAACUCUUCAAAAAGCAUUCUUUUAUUGCGGUGAUGCACUUUGCUGGUCUGAAGGCUGUUGGGGAGUCAGUGGAGCAGCCGUUGCGCUACUACAGAGUCAACCUCACCGCCUCCAUGAACCUGCUUGAGGUGAUGCAGGCUCACAAGGUGCACAAUCUGGUCUUCAGCAGCUCGGCAACGGUGUACGGAGACCCUCAGCUCCUUCCCAUCGACGAGAAGCACCCCGUGGGCGGCUGCACUAACCCCUACGGCCAGAGCAAGUACUUCAUUGAGGAGAUGAUCAGCGACCACUGUAAAGCUGAGAAGGACUGGAAUGCAGUGCUGCUGCGAUAUUUCAACCCAAUUGGGGCUCAUUCCUCUGGACUUAUAGGAGAGGACCCUCAGGGUAUCCCCAACAACCUGCUGCCAUAUGUUGCCCAGGUGGCCAUUGGGAGAAGAAAGUGCCUCAGUGUAUUUGGGAAUGACUAUGACACACUUGAUGGGACAGGUGUGCGAGAUUAUAUCCAUGUCGUAGAUCUGGCAAAAGGACACAUAGCAGCUGUGAAGAAGCUGAAGGACAACUGCGGCUGCAAGGUUUACAACCUGGGAACAGGGACAGGCUACUCUGUGCUCCAGAUGGUGAAAGCCAUGGAGAAGGCAUCAGGGAGAGAGAUCGCAUACAAAGUCGCCCCACGUAGGGGAGGAGACAUAGCAUCCUGCUACGCUGACCCUCGUCUAGCCGAGAAGGAGCUGGGCUGGAAGGCUGAAUUUAACCUGGAAAGAAUGUGUGAGGAUCUGUGGCGCUGGCAGUCCAUGAAUCCCACCGGAUUUUCCAAAGACACAGCCUCUUGAUGCAACUCCAGCCUUUUGUUGUUGUUAAAUCUUCUUCUAAAUCACCGGGCCAAAGGGAACAAUCAACUUCCUCAUUUUUGCAUUUCAUAUUAACACAUGAUUGAGCUGAAUGCUUUAUGUUUUGUCUUGUUUCAUAUUAUAUUUGUUCUUUAUUAAGGGUUAUCUUAUUUACUG